UGAUGGUGGUGAUAACUCGUCGACGAUAACGGUCUGUGCACGUCGGGUGCGGAUCCGAGGUACGCAGAUUUUGCUCAGCCAUGACUCUUGGAAAUCACGAAACACCGCGGAGGCAUCUUUGAGUACAAUGGCUAUACGAUAUAGCGAAGCGCUCGGUAUCAUCAAAUCAGUUGCGGAAGACAAACUUGGGCAGGAAGAUGGAAGAGAUGUUGAUGUUGUACCUCUGGAAGAUGCCGUUGGUCGCACUGCAGGAGAAGACCACGUGAGCCCGGUUGCAACACCACUCUUUGAUGCCUCGACCGUCGACGGAUAUGCCAUAUCAUCGGCUGCUACUGCGAACGCCACGAAGAAGCGACCAGUCACAUUCAUAGUAAGAGGGGCCAUCACGACGGAGGAAGAACUACGCAAUGGUAUGCCAUCGAGUGGCGGUGGAAUACCAUCAUGCUUCGAGAUCAAGACAGGAGCGCGGUUCCCGACUACCACGACCAUCCACUCACUGGAUGCCUGCGUGAGGGCUGAAGACGUCGUAACCACGGCUUUCGGCGGACAGAAGAUGAUAACCGUCGUGGAGCCAAUACCGAAGAAUGCGAACAAGAGAUCGGCAGGUUCGGAUAUUCAGAAUGGAGAGAGGUUGUUAGAGAAAGGAGAAAAAAUCCAGGCUCGGCAUAUCAUGGCCCUUGCAUCUGCAGGCAUCACUGGGGUUGCAGUUCGACGGGCCCUGAGGAUUGCGAUAUGGUCCAAUACAGACCUGCAAAUAACGGGCGCGAGCGUCUACUUCCUUAUUGCUGCUUUCCGAGAGCUUGGCGCAUAUGUUGAUUUUAAAGGCGUCUUGGAGGGCAGCACAGAUACAUUAUCGAAAACCGUCUUGCAGCAAAACGGCAAUGCUGCAUACGAUGCAGUGAUAACCACCGGUGGCGUCUCCAUGGACUUGAAGUUGGCCUUGAAGACAUUGAAUGCUCGCAUACGGUUCGAUGAUGUUGCCAUUGAGCCUGGUCGUUCUGUGCUGUUCGCUACACUGCCAACGCCCUACAUCUCUCCAUUGGUGGCACUUCCUGGAAGCCCUGUAGCGACAGCAGCCUGUUUCCGCUUCUUGUUGGUGCCUUUCGCCAUGCAGCUUUCUGGCGACAGACAGAGUGUUCCCAAGAUUCUCAAGAUGCAGGCGAAACAUGACUGCCGGAAUCUCUCAGUAAGCUGCCCGCCUCACUCAGAUUGCUUCAAGCAUGGUUGGAUCCAACGGAACAACCGAGGGGAGGAGUAUGUUCAGCUUGGCUCAGACCAAAAGCCUGCAAAGGUGUCGCACUUCGCUGCAUCAGAUUGCUGGGUGCAUGUGCCGAGAGGCCAUACCGGGAGUUACAAGGACACGCUGGUGUAUUGUUACCCUCACACGUCUGGCAGUUCCAUGUGAGGGAAGAGUGUCCAACACUUCACAGGCUUGGCCGCUGCCACUUCAACGCCGCAAUUCCGCAUUCGGCCGGGUGCGAGGGGCGGUCGAUGCUGGACUCGGCAUAUGCGUACGAUGCCCAGCAUGUCGGGUAUUCUGUCCGUGUCAGGAUGAAGGUCAAGAGAUGAGUACGGAGCAAGCGAGAUGGCGAUAAUCGUGGCCCACUCUCGGCGAGG